AUGAGCCACUUCCUUAUCAGCAGCCUCUUCACAGCUCUUAAGGAGAAAGGCCACUCAGUGCUCGAAGGAGACAACUGUGUGUUUGAUGGGAUUAUCUAUCGCAGCGGAGAGACCUUCCAGCCCAGCUGUAAAUACCAGUGCACCUGCAGAGAUGGGCAGAUAGGCUGUGUGCCCCGCUGUAACCUUGACCUCCUGCUUCCUGGCCCGGAUUGCCCUUUCCCCAGGAAAGUCGAGGUCCCUGGAGAGUGCUGUGAGAAGUGGAUUUGUGGCCCUAAGGAUGAAGUGAUGUUAGGAGGUUUUGCUAUGGCUGCAUACAGACAAGAAGCCACAGUUGGAAUUGAUGUGUCUGAUUCGAGUUCCAACUGUAUUGAGCAGACGACAGACUGGAGCGCCUGUUCCAAAAGCUGCGGAAUGGGGUUUUCUACUCGCAUCACCAACAGGAAUCGACAGUGUGAGAUGGUGAAGCAGACACGUCUUUGCAUGGUUCGACCUUGUGAAAAUGAACAGCCAGCUGAUAAGAAAGGAAAAAAGUGCAUCAGGACAAAGAAAUCACUGAAGGCUAUUCACUUUGAGUACAAGAACUGCACUAGUACACAGACCUACAAACCCCGUUAUUGUGGGCUCUGCAAUGAUGGACGAUGCUGCACUCCACACAACACCAAAACAAUCCAGGUUGAGUUCCAGUGUCCUCAGGGCAAAGUCAUCAAAAAACCAGUGAUGUCAAUCAACACCUGUGUGUGUCAUAAAAACUGCCCUCAGAAUAACGCUUUCUUUCAACAGCUGGAUCCAAUGUUCAAUGGAGCAAAAAUAUAAAAUAUUAUUUAUAUUGAGUGACUUGGAAUGUACAAAUAGUUUUAUAUAAAACUUGACCCACAAUCAGCUGAAUGUAAGAAAUGUACUUGUAAAAUAUCUAUUUUUCUUCAAAGUCUCAAGAUUUUUUCUUCAUUGAACUAUAGCCAGUUCAAUACCUCAUGUUACAUUUAGAGACGUCUGUUUUGUUCAGUGUCUUGGAUUGUACCUUAAACUAGAAGGUAAAGAUGAGUGGGCAAAUGACAAAUCUUUCUCCUUAGAAAAAAUUAGGCUUUCAGGGAAAUUUGGUUUCAAGGGCAAUAGGGCAGGAGUCCUUUAAUAGCAAAAUGAUUCCUUGGGAAAAUGCUUGAUUCUAUACUGUUUGGAGGUUCUGUGUUCUUGUCCUCUUCUAUGCAUAAUGUACUAGCUCAUUUAAUGUUUUUACAUAGUUUGCUGUUUUAACAAAUUAUUACUGCAAAAAUCCCAUUGGCAAAGAAUGCUUUGCUCUUGGACCCAUGUACUAUUCUUUGUUUGCACACCUGAUUUUUAUUUUAUUUUUUUACUGAAAAUCAAGUGCAGUUUAUGGUCUCAAGAAUAACAUAAAUGGAAGUUUUGAUACCAAGAUACAGAACACAGAUAAGAAGAAGCUACACUAAACUCUGCUGCUACUUCAGCUGCAAUUUGAGCCCAAUCCAAACCCCAUUAAAGUUGAUUAUCUCAAUGGAAUGUGGUCCAAAAUAUGUAAGAAGUAAAAGAAUAAAAGAAGUAAAAGGCUUGUAAAUUCUGAGUAAUGUUUGUAUUAUAAUGCUCCAUUUUACAGAAAAAGGAAUAUAUGUAAAUAGAAACUGUAUAUAUUGUAAUAUAGCUUAUUGUAAAUG